AUGGCUGUCUCUAGUCCUCCAGUCCACAAGAUUGCUGUCUCCAGUCCUCCAGUUCACAAGAUUGCUGCCUUCAUUCCUCCAGCUCACAAGAUGGCUGUCUCAAGUCCUCUAGUUCACAAAAUGGUCACCACCAGUCCUCCAGCUCGCAAGAUGGCCGCUGCCAUUUCUCCAGCUCACAAGAUGGCCGACUCCAGUCCUCCAGCUCACAAAGUGGCCACAACCAGCCCUCCAGCUCACGCAUGGGUAAGCGCUAAUCUGCUACUAGCUCACAAGAUGGUUCCCUGUUCCAAGUCUGUUCCUGCUGUAGUUCCAGUCCAAGUUCAUGUUCCUGAAAUGCCAUCACCUGAGCCACCAGAAUGGCCACCACAACCUGAGUUGCCAACACUGCUGCCACCACCAGAGCUGUCGCCAACAGAGCUGCCAGAGUCGCCAACAGAGCUGCCAGAGUCGCCGCCAGAGUUUGAACUUCCUGAUUGA